UUGGACAGGGCUGGACAGACUCCAGCACUACUCUUCUGGCAUUGUGCGUUGCUCUCCACACAUGAAGAUUUAAUGCCAGAUUCUGAAACAAAACAGUGACCAAUCCACCGACUGACACAAUGACUGCAGUGAAUGCACCACGAGACCGGUACAACGCAGUAUGGAUCAUAUUCUUCAUUCUUGGGCUGGGAACUCUGCUGCCAUGGAAUUUUUUCAUGACCGCUACAAUGUACUUCACGAGUCGUUUGAAGGUCCCUCACGUGAAUGGAGAACACAAUCAAACAGCCAAUGGGACGGUGGUGAUCGAGGGCGACACACGUAAUGUCCUAGAGUCCAAGUUCAAUAAUGUGAUGACUCUCUGUGCUAUGGUACCACUGCUGAUAUUCACCUGCCUCAACUCAUUCAUUCACCAGAGGAUUUCUCAGAAGUUGAGGAUCUCUGGCAGUCUCUCUGUCAUUCUUGUACUGUUUCUCAUCACAGCAGUGUUGGUAAAGGUGGAGAUGUCUCCCCUGCCAUUCUUUGCUUUCACCAUGAUCAAAAUCAUCUGCAUCAACUCGUUUGGUGCAGUUCUUCAGGGAAGUCUGUUUGGUUUGGCUGGUCUUCUCCCAGCAUCCUACACCACACCCAUCAUGAGCGGUCAAGGGUUUGCUGGAACGUUUGCGGCCUUCUCCAUGAUCUGUGCACUUGCUACGGGCUCUGCGUUACAGGACAGCGCCUUUGGCUACUUCAUCACAGCCUGUGUUGUUAUUCUCCUGGCCAUUUUUUCAUACCUCGUCCUGCCCAGAAUGGAGUUUUUCCAGUUUUACUCCGAAUGCAAUGGCUCAAUGCCCGUCAGCGAUGAGGAAAACAAGAUGGACUUGCUGAAACUUGAAAGUGCAGCAGAGAAGAGACCAGUCGUCAGUCUGACAGAUGAAGAUAUCAGUCCCACAGUGUCUGUUUUUGCCAUCUUUAAACAGAUCUGGGGGAUGGCUCUUUCCGUGUGCUUUGUCUUCACAAUCACCAUUGGCACGUUCCCAGCUAUAACUGUAGAUGUCAAGUCUGCAGUGGCUAACGGGGGUGAUUGGGAAACAUACUUCAUCCCUGUUUCCUGUUUCCUCCUCUUUAACGUGAUGGACUGGGCCGGUAGAAGCCUCACCGCUUGGUGUAUGUGGCCUGGUAAAGACAGCAUUUGGCUCCCAAUCCUGGUGAUCGCUCGAGUCGUGUUUGUGCCUCUCUUCAUCUUCUGCAACGUGCAGCCCAGAUACUACCUGCCCGUGUUUUUCGCUCACGACGCCUGGUACAUCAUCUUCAUGAUCCUUUUCUCCUUCAGUAAUGGAUAUCUGGCCAGCCUCUGCAUGUGCUUCGGACCAAAGAAAGUGUCCCAGCAUGAAGCGGAAACAGCAGGGGCUAUCAUGGCCUUCUUCCUCUCCCUUGGUUUGGCUUUGGGAGCCGCGUUAUCCUUCGGUUUCCGUGCCAUGAUAUAAAACCCUGGCCGAGUUCUCAGUACAAUGAAGACUAACUUAAUCUCCUUCUAGUUACAUACUGAUAUGGAUUCAUAAGUGUCGAACCACAAAGUCUGAGAGAACAUUUCUUUAUCCUAUACGUACAUCUGUCGCGUCUUUUUGCUGUUAGUAAGGCCACCUGUCUGUGCUUCCAGCUUACUUUUGUCGCUCUUGUGUGUGUCCUCUCAAACAAGCUACUAAUGCAACUGGAAUAGACCGUUUUCACCGGUGGAUGAAAAGAGGAUCUCUCUUCAUCAACAUUUUGUUGAUGAACAAGCCAAGUUUUUUUUCUUAAUUAUUUUUUUGUCUAUGCUUUUUGUAUAUUGUGCCAAUUCGGUAUUAGUCAAUAGUUUAAAUUAAGUUGACCCUAAUGAGGCUUUGUGUAUUUCAUGUUUAUGUAUUUUUUUUUUUUAGAAAAGGGUUUUGUUGCUCUUUAAGGAAUAUUCCAUGUUCAACACUAGUGGUCGACUGAUAUAUCACUGAUAUUUGGUAUUUUUAAAUGAUCGACUACGGUUAUUUAUUUUUCUCCAGUUUUCCUGAUUAGUUUAAGCCAUGCCGCCUCUUAGAAUCGUCUGUUUCACGUGAAGGAGCUGUCUGAGACAUGUACAUGACCAAUCAUAGAUCAUUUUGUUGUUACGUCCCAUCAUUUUACCACAUCAGAGCUGCAAUAGUCAUGUAUGAGCUCAUGGGUGUGAAUGUUUGAGUAAAUAUAAUGCUAAGUGAAAGCUGAAACAUUUUUUGCCAAUUUAUGUAUAUGUAACUUACUGUUAUAUUAAAUUGUGUGAUAUAUCGUCCAGUGGAAGUGAAUGAGUCGAAUCUGUUAACGUUAAAAGUUUCAAAAGUAUAGCCGUAAACAAUAUGCAGGUUAACAUGAUUUUAGUGUGAUAAACCUUUUAUGUGUAAAGUUUUAUCCAAUUUGAAAACUUCGUUGUCACUACAACGUAAUGCUGUAAAUGCUGAAAUGACCAAAAAACAACAACAAUUUGAACAACUUUACAGCUCAAAUAAUACACGAGUUUUAACAGAAGAAUUAAUGUAAGUCCUUUUACGAACACGUUUGCGAAUUCGCCGUUGUUCCUCCUCAUUCGAAAUGUAAAUUCAAGCCAGCUGACCCGUACCCAAGUCAUUUUGGGUUAAGGAACGAUAGUUUUGAAGGAAAACAGACGAAAAUACACUUUGUCAUUUUCACCAACAUGCGAUUGACGCUUCUUUCAACUUUGGAGAAAGUCCUGCAUGCGUCACCAGAGAGAAGUCUGUCGUUUCACCGGUAAAUUGAGUUAUUACAUUUUGAUUAAAGAUUACAAGGUCAAAAAAUUAAAAAUAAAAUGUAUGCAUGGAUGAAUCUUUCACAAUAAGAUCAAUAACAUGCAUUUAGAAAAUAGAUGGGGUGAAUUUUAAUUUCAUGCCGACUUCGACUUUUUUCUGUCUUUAAACCCUCCAUAAAUUGGCCCCAUUCACUUACAUUGUAAGAGCCUCACUGUAACCUCGAUUUUUGCUUUGUUUUUGUUUUUAAAGAAGAGGAGGAAGGAGUCUAAAUAUGUUUGUGGUGAUCAACAUUAUGCCACAAAUGCUGUUGAUUGAGCUUAACUUGUAUUGAAACCAGAAUAUUCCUUUGAAUGUUUUUAUUUGUCACGGUUUUAGUUUAGCGAUGAAAAAAAGAGAGAUGCAGCUAUUAGUUAGGGCAGUAAGUCUAGUAUUGUAUCAUUUUAAGUUCAUGUAAGUUCAAUUUAAGUUCAUGAUGGGUCAUGUUGCAUUUUGAAUUGUAAAAUCAGCUCAAAUGAUUAUCUGCAUGAAUGUGGUUUGAAAAAGUUUGAUACAUUGUUUACCUUUAUUGACAUGCCUAAAUUAUGAGUUUGAAGUUUCGAAUGAAGGCCUCACAGUAUUACAUUUGAUGUUAUAAUAAUGUUUGUGUUUGUUUUUUAAACUGCUUUUUGUAUGAUUUUUAAUGAAUUGUGUCGUAUGAUGUGCCUAACUUGUUUUACUGGCUUUCGAAUGGGAUGUUUCAAAGUUGAAUGCCAAAAUUGAAAUGUGUGGGUGAUUGGGGGUUUGAAGGGGGUAGAA